UGCCCCCAUAGGUGCCUUCCUGCAGUAUCAAUAACAGAAGUUCGUACAGCGAAGGAAGGUCUGCUGGUCUCUCGGAAUCUUCCAUCCCGGGAUGCCGGGAAAGAUGCUGCGCUCCUCGCUCCGAGAGAUUUCUGCAGCAUUAAAGAAAGGCCAUGUCAGCUCAACUGAACUUUGUCAGAAAUGUCUCUCGUUAAUAAAAACUACCAAAUUUCUUAAUGCUUACAUAACAGUAACAGAAGACACAGCAUUAAAACAAGCUCAGGCAUCAGAGGAGAGAUACAGACAAGGUCAGCCAUUGGGUGAUUUAGAUGGUAUUCCUGUUGCUGUGAAAGACAACUUCAGCACUGCUGGCAUUGAAACAACAUGUGCAUCCAAGAUGUUAAAAGGUUAUAUCCCACCAUACAAUGCGACAGUAGUUCAAAAAUUGCUGGAUCAAGGAGCUGUACUGCUUGGAAAAACAAAUCUAGACGAAUUUGCCAUGGGGUCUGGAAGUACAGAUGGGGCAUUUGGGCCAGUGCGGAACCCCUGGAGUUAUUCAAGGCAGUACAGAGAAAAAUGUGCACCAACCUCCCUUGCUCAACACGACGAUACCGGCUGGCUGAUAACUGGAGGGAGCUCUGGCGGCAGUGCUGCCGCGGUGUCCUCUUUCACAUGCUUUGCGGCUCUGGGAUCUGAUACAGGAGGUUCCACAAGAAAUCCAGCCUCCCUCUGUGGAGUUGUCGGCCUAAAGCCCAGCUAUGGCCUCAUUUCCCGCUAUGGUCUCAUCCCACUUGUGAACUCAAUGGAUGUCCCAGGCAUUUUAACCAGAUGUGUUGAUGAUGCAGCUGCUGUGUUAGGUGUUCUUGGCGGGCAUGACCCAAAAGAUUCAACCACAGUGCAAGAUCCCUUUUGUCCAUUUCAGCUAUCUAACUUGAUAGAUAUGAAGAAUCUUUGCAUUGGGAUUCCAAAGGAAUACCAUACUGCAGGAUUAUCUGAUGAGACUCUAGCCAUGUGGUCCAAGGCAGCUGACCUCUUUGAGAGGGCUGGAGCUAAAGUGAUGGAAGUGAGCCUGCCCCAUACUUCCUAUUCCAUUGUCUGUUACCAUGUGUUAUGUGCAGCAGAGGUAGCUUCUAAUAUGGCUCGAUUUGAUGGUCUGGAGUAUGGGCAUCGCAGCAGUGCUGAGCAGUCCACAGAAGCUUUGAUUGCAGCCACACGCCGAGAAGGUUUUAAUGAUGUUGUAAGGGGAAGAAUUCUAUCAGGGAACUACUUCUUGCUAAAACAAAAUUAUGAGAAUUAUUUCAUCAAAGCUCAGAAAGUAAGAAGACUCAUAGCCACUGAUUUUGCAAAACUCUUCCAUUCUGGUGUGGAUGUACUACUCACCCCAACUACCUUGAAUCAGGCUAUGUUGUAUCAAGAAUUCAUCAAGGAAGACAAUAGGACUCGCAGCACACAGGAUGAUCUCUUCACUCAGGCUGCCAACAUGGCCGGGUUGCCAGCUGUAAGUGUUCCUUCAGCCCUCUCAGGAAAGGGCUUGCCGAUUGCAUUGCAAUUUAUUGGCCGUGCUUUUCAUGAGCUGCAGCUCCUCACCGUAGCCAGAUGGUUUGAAACACAAGUGCAAUUCCCUGCCUUAGACCUAGAAGGAAUUAUGGAUCCUCUUGAUACUAUGUCUCACCAGAAGUCGGCAUUUUUUUCAUGAGCAAUGAUGGGACACUUUAUUAUUUAUACAAUAAAAAAAGAUUUAGAAAAGUACAAAUCUCUGUGUAUCAAAGCUUUCAAUGUACUAUUUUUUUUUACAAACGAAACACUUCUCAUUGAAGAUUUAAUAAAGACUUAUUAAAAUAC